AACCCAUAGUGACUGAGCAAUACAUCAUUUUUUUUCUUUUUCCAGCAAUACAUAAAAUUAUUAUAUAACUCUCUCUCUCCAACGAAUUUGAGAGCCGCGUGAACAUAAUGACGAACUACGGCGCGAUUCCGACGUCGUCUCAUCCAUCUCCGCCGGUGGAUCUGGAGUACAUCUCACACGUCAAGCACCGUCUCAAAGCAGGUCUAGCCACGCGGCGGCCAUGGAGGUCGAUGUUCGAUCUGGAAUCAAUGACUGUUCCUCAGGGUUUCUUGGACGCGAUCUCGAGAAUGAAGACGAAUCUCGUCUACUUCAGAGCAAACUACGCCAUCGCCGUCCUCUUCAUGCUCUUCGUAAGCCUUCUCUACCACCCGACCUCGCUCCUCGUCUUAGCCAUCUUGGUCGUCUUCUGGAUCUUCCUCUACUUCCUCCGCGACGAGCCUCUCGUGCUCUUCGGUCACCAGGUCGACGAUCGGACGGUCAUGAUCUCUCUCUCGGCGUUGACCAUCGGUAUGCUUUUGUUCACCCACGCCACGGGCAAUAUUCUCGGAUCGCUGUUGACCGCCGUCGUGUUGGUUCUGAUCCACGCGGGGAUUAGGAGGAGUGAUAAUUUGUACUCCGAUGAGGAAGCUGCGGCGGCGGCUGAAACUUCAGGGCUGGCGUCAUACCCUUCCUCGUGAAAACCUAUUUGAUGUUUCUGUGUGUGCGAUUGAGACACUUGAAAACGUUUUCUUCUUCAAUAUGUUGACAGCUUACAAUGUUUCCUUCAUUUUUUUUCCAUCCAAUGGUGGUUUGUUUGUUAAUUACUUUGUUUUGGACAUCAAAUUUAUUUACUUGACUUCAACUGAACCUCCCUGAAAAUUUAU